AGGGCAGCUUGUUUCUUAUUGUGUGUCAGUGUGACUGGUAAGAGUUUAGAGUUCGGCUUGUGAGGCUUCACUCUGGAGGCAGAGGUAUGGAUAUAAUUACCCCACGUUUCUGUGUGAGCUCGUAAAGUUCCCAUCAACACUUUAUCAGAACUUCAUUCGACCUUUUGUAGCUACCAGCAACAGCAUCAUGUCAGGAUUUUCUAAGUAUGGCGAUAUUACAAGGGUUGACACAUCAGGAGCUUCCCAGGCAACUGCAAACCAGGACAGACUGGGGUACGGUGGUAUUGCAGCUUCUCACAAGCUGAUGGAGACUGAUUUUCAGCGGGCAAAUAAUUACAAGUCUUCGAUGUACCAAGCUGCCAAUGAAUACCAAAUCGAUCCAGCCCUCAUUGGUGCUAUCGCAUCCCGUGAAUCUCGAGUAGGCGCAGCCUUGGUAAAUGGCUGGGGUGACCAUGGGAAUGCAUUUGGUCUCAUGCAGGUUGACAAACGCUGGCAUUCACCGCGUGGCUCUUUCGACAGCGUAGAACAUCUUAAGCAAGGAACAGGUAUACUGGUAGAUAUGAUUGGACGCAUAAAACAAAAGUUUCCAAGCUGGACUAAAGAGCAGCAGCUUAAAGGUGCCCUUGCUGCUUACAACAUGGGUCCAGAUAAUGUCCGUAACUACCAAAAUGUGGAUGCUUCUACAACAGGCCGAGACUACUCUAAUGAUGUGAUUGCACGUGCCCAGUGGCUGAAGAAAAAGGGCUUUUGAUCAACUAUUCUAAUAUCUGCAUUCUGUCUCAUAAUUGACCUUAAAUUACUGCAAUUUGAGAAAUGUCGAUUCUGGUUUUUAUCACAUUACUGCCAUGGAGACUAUUGACAAAAUGAUUGCAAGAGAAUAAACAAUUAUAUGGA